ACGGACUCGAAUAAUUACAAAGGCGCCCCCGUUCACCUUUUGAAAUCUCUCUCUCUCUCUUCUCUUUCUCUCUCUACAUUUGGUAGGGUUUCACACAUCAAUAGAAGAAAUGAUCAAAUGCACUCGCUACUCUACACCUUUUGCCCCAAAAUUAGCUCUGUACUCAUAAUUCAUUCAAUAAUUUCACUUCUAGAUUUCCAUAAGUCUCAAAUUUCGUGUCUUUAGGUUUAUGUGAACCCAAAUUUCUCUCAAGCGCACACACUCCCUCUCUAAUUCUAUGUAGGAGAGAGAUCAUGAACUUCACGGAUCCAUCAAUGGCACUACUGGCCGCGAGUGGCGGCGACACCGUGAAGCUCUUCGAUGUCUCCGUUGAGCCCGGCGAUCCUUGUACAUUGAGCUACACUCCUUCGCCGGGUUUCCAAGUCAACUCGGUGAAGUGGAACCACACUAAUUUGGUCGUAGCUAGUGCCGGAGAUGAUAAGAAGAUAUCGUUGUGGCGGAAAAAUGGGGAGAGUAUGGGGACCAUUCCAGUGGCCGGCACUGACGGUGGUGACAAUGUUGAGGAAUCUAUAAUGAGCAUCAGCUUUAGCAACAAGGGGUCUAGGUACAUAUGUUCUGGGGGAAGUGGUCAAGUUGUAAGAAUAUGGGAUUUGCAGAGGAAGCGUUGUAUUAAAUGGUUGAGGGGUCAUACUAAUACAAUAACAGGUGCAAUGUACAAUUGUAAAGAUGAGCACUUGGCUUCCAUCAGUCUUAACGGGGAUCUUAUUCUUCACAACCUUGCUUCUGGUGCAAGGGCUGCUGAACUCAAAGAUCCUAAUGAUCAGGUUCUGAGAGUGCUUGAUUAUUCUCGUAUUAGCAGGCACCUUUUGGUGACAGCUGGUGAUGACGGGUCUGUACAUCUAUGGGAUACUACUGGUCGCAGCCCGAAGGCUUCUUGGUUGACGCAGCAUUCUGCACCAACUGCUGCUAUUAGUUUCUCACCAUCAAAUGAUAAGGUUAUUGCUAGCGUUGGUCUGGAUAAAAAGUUAUACAUUUUUGACUCGGGGACUAGGAGAUCCGUAUUUUGCAUUCCUUAUGAGGCACCUUUCUCUUCAAUGGCUUUCAGAGACGAUGGUUGGACACUGGCAGCUGGAACAAGUAGUGGCAGGGUUGUAUUUUAUGAUGUUCGAGGAAAACCACAGCCUCUCACUGUUCUUCGUGCUUAUAGCAAUUCUGAGGCUGUCACAAGUCUAUGCUGGCAAAGAUCAAAACCUGUAAACGUAAUUGAAACCAAUUGCACAGCUGAAACUGCUCUUCUGGGAGGUGCUGUUGAAGAUUCAAUCCUUAUGCCUGACCCACUCCCUUCUGUGUCAUCAUCAAGCCUUUCAAUACCCACAACGGUAUCUGGUUCUCGAAAUCCAUCUUCCUUUUUAGCAACCAGUAGCAGAUCUAUAUCAAGCAUGCUAAAUUCAUCUACAGCAGAGGAAACACCACUUCGAAGCACUUUGUGGACUGGUGGAACUUUGGGAAGAUUACAUGCUCCUCGUAAUUAUAACUUCAAGGAUGACAUGGAGGUGUUUUCCCCACUUGUGGAAGUUCAUCCGGUUACACCAUCACUUGAUAAGCUGUGGGAUGAGCGCAAGGGAGCAAAGGAAGAUCAUAUAGCCGUUGAAAAGAAACAUUCUCUGCUGUUUCCUUCAUCUAGUAGGAGAUUUCCUCUUUCAGAGGAAGGGGAGAAUGAUCAUCCAAUUUUUGACUGGAAGUCUAGUUCAACUUCGAAGCAGGAUGACAUCCGUUCUACUUUUUCACAGCUGGGAUCUACUCCUGCUUCUUCCAAGAGUGAUGACGACUCCUCUAUCACUCCUCCAGAAGCUUGGGGUGGCGAGAGAUUAUCUGAUAAAUUUUCCCAUCAUCGUCAACAAGUUGGUUUUCCUUCUCGUUUUGCAAUGCUGUCAUCUAGUAGUCUGUCGUCGGGAUCAAUAUUUUCUGGAUUACAAGAUCUUUCUUUGUCUACAAGCCAGAUGAAUAUGAGCUCCCUAACAAGUUCAAGCCUGAGCCUAGCAAAUAUUCGUAGCAGAGACACCUCCUCCAAUCAAGAGACUUCAUUAGGUUUUCCAGAACAUGCUCCCCAUAGUUCCACAUCGCUUUCUACUGGACAGGCUAGCCUCGAAUCUCUGGGACCUGCAUUAGCCCUCCCACGAAGAUUUUCCACAUAUGCAGAGAGAAUAAGCACUAUUCCAUCCUUCAGCAAUGGAACAAUUCUUUCGGUGGGCUCACCAAAAACUAAGAAAACAGGAGUUGAAAUGAGGGAAGAACUUUUGAGUAGCUUGUUGUCAAGGCCUGACAUAUCAUCUGCUACAGAAGCAGUGAUUCUUCCAUCUAUGAAUGGUGGAACUGCAGUACCCCAGAAAACCCAAUCUCAGCCUGAACCACAACAGGGAACUUCCUUUACACUACAGCUGUUUCAACGCACUCUCGAAGAAACUCUUGCUUCUUUUCAGAAAUCCGUUCAUGAAGAUAUGAGAAAUCUUCAUAUAGAAAUUUUAAGACAGUUUCAUAUGCAGGAGAUGGAAACGUCAAACAUGAUGAACUCGAUCCUCGAAAACCAAGCUGAGCUAAUGAAAGAAAUCCGGUCCCUCCGGAAAGAAACCCAGCAACUCCGCCAAUUACUAUGAGCUUAAGCAAAGAUUUUGCUCCUGUUCCAUUUUUGAGUGGCUUUGUUACAUAAAAAAGAAAAGGUCUGGUAAUGGCGCUCUAGCUUAAUUGCUAUUGGCAGCUAUUGUACCUAGUGACAACAGGGGUGGAAAGAGAAUUCAGCGUUGCCAGCUGGGUUUAAAAUACGUAUAGAUGUGAUUGAUUUAUUUGUUAUGGGUGGUGAAUUCAUGUACAGAUUUUGUUAUAAUACACUUGUUACAAACUCGUUUCAGCUUCAUCUGUAAAUGGUGCUAAUGUUAUUCUUUAA